AGAGGCGCCCUGCUCGCGGCGGGGGUCUGGGCUAACGGCGCCGGUGGGCGGCCAGGGCUCCGGUUACCCGCAGUCUGUUAGGUGACGCCUCGGCGACUGCGUCCGCUUGCCAGACCUCCCCGGCUCCUCCCCGGGCCCCCGGCUCGAGGCGCAGCCCCUUGGCAUCGCCUCCUUUCAUGGCUGCACCCCUCCCCGCUCCGCUUUUGCAAUCCCCUGCUGCACUGUGGCCCCAGACUCGGCGUGUCCCUAACCUGUAUCCCUGGACCACAGACCUGAUCCCAGUGGCUGUGACUGGAGGGCGAGAGCCUCGUAAGACCUCUGAGUCCGGAGACAUCGGGAGGGUCAGACACAUGCUGGUGCACACACGGUGUCGGGGACCGCGGACCUACGCGUCACCUCUCCAAACUGGCGGCCAGAGACACCUACCUCCUGCCCCCGUCAGCCACACACAGACAACUGACUCGCCCAGUCACUGCGCCAUGCACUCCUGCACACGCUUCUGUCCCCGAGCUCAAGUCCCGCUGAAGACAUCAAGGGAUGUCUUCCUUGGUGACAUCCUUCACGGAGUGGGGCGACUCUGCAGAGCCCGCGGCGGGGCUAGGGGACGCAUGGGUCCGGACGCCCACCUGGAGGUGCGGAGCGGAAGUGACUGGCGGUCCCACAGGCCAAUGGGAGCUCGGGGCACCCAGGCCCGCCCUCCCGGCGCUGGGCCGCGGGGCACAGCAGGGUCCCAGCGACGGUGGCGCAAGCCCGGUUGCAAGGGCGAAGCAGGGCAUCCGAGCAGGUGAGGGGCAAAGCCAGGCCCGGCCGGGCGGGGCGGGGCGGGGACGGGGUGGGUACCGUGCUCUGGGUCCCGGAGCGGCUCUGCUGAAUUCGGCUGCGGGUCUGCACAGGGUGUUGGAGGGUCCUCACUAGCAGAUCCCCCGCCCGUGCUUGGGGAGAGGGUCACGCAGCCACAGCACAUCGGAGCCUCAAACUGGGCCUGGGAUCCUGGGUCCUGAACCGUAUCCCUAGGCUAAACCCUCCUCUUACACGCGGGAGAGGUGCCUCUGUGGUCAGAGCCCGAGUUUUCUCACACACUUUUAGUCCCAGGGUCACCCCAUCUCUAUGCUCAUCUCUGCUUCAGCGGGGCCUGGGUUCAGGCAGAAGACUCUCUGAGAGCGGAAAUGGGCGGCCAGAAGAGCUCCCUAUCAGUCCACUGUGUAUACUCAGGCUCCAGAGGUCUGAGCCAGUGACCUGGACCCAAGAAUCUUGGCCUGAACCGGGGCUGGGGUGGGCCUCGGAAGACUAACAGCGCUGCAGCGAUCAUCCGCUGCCAAACCCUGAGCCGCUGCCCAGGUCUGAGCACAUGCUGUCUGAGGGGCCCAGCGAUGCAAAGGCCCAUGGAGUGUAGGGCACAAGGUGCUGGCCGCUGGAGGGCUACCACAUCCCUCCCAGGCCCGUAGGGUGCCGCGCCGGCCCAUCCACACCAUGGCGCGAGGUUUUGUGGCCGGUUUGGACCCACUGGGGCUGGGCGAACUCAGCUCCGGCUCCCUGAGCUCCCUGUCCGCCCGAGGCCACCUGGGCAGCGACUCAGGCUCCACCGCAACGCGAUACCUGCUAAGGAAGCAGCAGCGGCUGCUGAAUGGGCCCCCUCGCGGAAUCCGAGCCUCAUCGCCCAUGGGCCGCGUGAUCCUCAUCAACUCCCCCAUCGAAGCCAACAGCGAUGAAAGUGACAUCAUCCACGCUGUGGAUGUGGAGAAGAGCCCAGCAGGACGGCUGGGGUUCAGCGUGCGGGGUGGCUCUGAGCACGGGUUGGGGAUCUUCGUCAGCAAGGUGGAGGAGGGGAGCAGUGCGGAGCGGGCUGGCCUGUGUGUGGGCGACAAGAUCACCGAGGUGAAUGGGCUGAGCCUGGAGAGCACCACCAUGGGCAGUGCUGUGAAGGUGCUGACCGGCAGCAGCCGCCUGCACCUGACUGUGCGCCGCAUGGGCCGCGUGCCGGGCAUCAAGUUCUCCAAGGAGAAGACCACGUGGGUGGAUGUGGUGAACCGGCGGCUGGUGGUAGAGCGGUGUGGCUCGUCGCCAUCAGACAGCGGCUCAGAAGAUGGCAUGCGGCGCAUCGUCCACCUGUACACGACCUCUGACGACUUCUGUCUGGGCUUCAACAUUCGCGGGGGCAAGGAAUUUGGCCUGGGCAUCUACGUGUCCAAAGUGGACCACGGUGGGCUGGCCGAGGAGAAUGGCAUCAAAGUGGGGGACCAGGUCCUGGCAGCCAACGGUGUCCAGUUUGACGACAUCAGCCACAGCCAGGCGGUGGAGGUACUGAAGGGCCAGACACACAUCAUGCUGACAAUCAAGGAGACUGGCCGGUACCCUGCCUACAAGGAGAUGGUUUCUGAAUACUGUUGGCUGGACCGAUUGAACUGUGGGGCGCUGCCGCAGCUGACCCCCGCCUCUGAGAGCAGCUCCAGCGUCUCCUCCUGUGCCUCCAGCAUCCCCUACGGCUCGGGCUCCCUGCCCUCUGACCAGAUGGAUACCAGCCUGGGACUGGAGGAGCCCGUUGGCCAUGGCCCAGGCUGGGGCAGGGCAGACACUGCCAUGCAGACAGAGCCUGAGGGUGGUGGGCGCGUGGAGACCUGGUGCAGUGUGCGGCCCACGGUCAUUCUCAGGGACACGGCCAUUCGCACUGAUGGCCCCCCAGCCUCCCACCGCCUUGCCGCUGUCCCCUCCGAGUCCCCCAAGACUGCACUGCUGCUGGCGCUCAGUCGGCCCCGGCCCCCCAUCACACGCUCCCGGAGCCAGCUGACCCUGUGGGAGGAGAAGAGGCAGCGGAAGAAGGAGAAGUCAGGGUCCUCUGGGGAGAAGGGGCCUCUGCAACGCUCCAAGACGCUGAUGAACCUAUUUUUCAAGGGAGGGUGGCAGGGACAGCACACAGGGGCCGGGUGCAGAGAGGCCUGGACGCUGGACAGCAGGAGCCCAGCCAAAGCCCACCCUCAUCUGGACCUGGACAAAGGGAGUGCAGGGCCUGUGCAGAAGUUUGUCACCUGGAGACUGAGACGUGACCGGGAGAGGGGCCGGGCCCUGUUCUUGGCCAGCUCUGGGAGCCCCUCCAGCCAGCCGCCCAGCGCGGAGGAGCGGGUGCAGGCCUGGGAUGGCCGGCGGCCUCUCAUUCAGGACCUGGCCCGCCGGCUGCUCACCGAGGACGAGGUGCUGGCAGUCACGCGCCAUUGUUCUCGGUAUGUGCAUGAAGGCGGGGUGGAGGACCUGGUGCGGCCCCUGCUGGCCAUCCUGGACCGGCCAGAGAAGCUGCUGCUGCUGAGGGACAUCAGAAGUGUGGUGACCUCCACAGACCUGGGUCGCUUUGACAGCAUGGUGAUGCCCGUGGAGCUGGAGGCUUUGGAGGCCCUGAAGAGCAGGGCAGUAUGGCCUCCUGCUUUGAGACCAACCAGGCAAGACACGCCACCCAGGCGCCAUCUCAUCACCCCUGUGCCUGACAGCCGUGGAGGCUUCUACCUGCUGCCUGCGAACGGCUUCUCAGAGGAGGAGGGGGACACGGAGCCAAGGCAGUGCCUGGGAGGGCGCAGGGUCCCUGCAAGCAUCUCUGCCCCCCACCACCCUCAUAAAGGCAUCCCCCCCCUCCAAGACGUGCCAGUCGAUGCCUUUGCCCCACACCCAGUCUCAGGCACACCCCCUCCCUUGCCACCCCCUGUGGUGCCCCGGCCACCUCAGCCUAACUGGCUGCUCACUGAAGCCCUGAGUCCAGAGGCCACUCUGCAGGGCCUGGGCCAGGGCCCAGCGCACAGCCGCGGCCGCAGCCGGGGUCGGGGCAAAUCCCCUGGGCGGGUGCCCUCCCCCUCGCCGGCACCUCUGUCCACCUGCAGCACGGCUAACGGGCGCCACCACAAGCCUCGGAAAGCCAGACCCCCGCUGCCCCGACCUCUGGGUGGGCAGGUGGCCAGGGUUGGGAGUGGCAAGACAGCAGAGGCGUCAGCCAUGCAGGCCCCCAGCGGGGAGCUGAGGGCGGUAAUGCUGUCCAAGACAAAGCCAUCCCUGGGCAUCAGCAUUUCAGGGGGCAUCGAGUCCAAGGUGCAGCCCAUGGUGAAGAUAGAGAAGAUCUUUCCAGGGGGCGCGGCCUUCCUUAGUGGAGCCCUGCAGGCUGGCUUUGAGCUCGUAGCAGUGGAUGGGGAGAGCCUAGAGCAAGUAACCCACCAGCGAGCUGUAGACACCAUCCGCAGAGCUUACCGCAACAAGGCCCAAGAGCCCAUGGAGCUGGUGGUCAGGGUCCCUGUGCCUGGCCUGCCACCCUCACCCCAACCCGCCAGCCCUCGCCAACCAACACCUUCCUGCUGACUGGUCACCAUCCCAAGCCCUUGGUGCUGCUCUAGUGCCCGCCCACUGGCUUCCAGAGCUUCCGGGACCAGC